AUGUCUCAAACACUUCUCCACCAAAGCAUUCGCACCGACCGUCACAGCGGGCGAGAAAUCACUACUUCCACGGUCCAGCAAAGCUUUACCUACGAACGUACAAGCAUUGGCGAAUUCAUCUACACAACUAGCCCAACUGCCGGUGAGAAUCGCGUAUCAAAGUUCGCAGUCAGUACAGCUAGAGGAUAUAUGCUUAAGGUCAUCAAGUUCGUUACGAACAUGGGGACAAAAGUCCGUGCGUUCAGGGCAUCAGAAUCAUGA